AUGUCCAACACCUACAUGCGACCACUGACACCCCGGCCACCCCCGCCACCACCAACCCUGGACCUCUACAUCGCCUUCGGCCGUCGCCCCAACGCCCUCUGCCAACAACACUGGCUCCUAAUCCUCGCGCCCUCCUUGUCUUCAAUCGGAACCUACUACAGCGUCCGAACCUCGGGCAGUGUCUACACCCACUCCAUAUCCCCCCACAAACCCCUAAACACGCCGUCCAUCGAAAUAACCGGUAAACUUUCCACAAUCCCGAUCGAAGCCGGCGCCGUCGUAGAUACCAUCGCGCGCAGCAUCACCCCGCAGCGAUGUCCGCUGUAUGUCAUCGAGGUUCUCCGGGAACUGGAGAAGUGCGGGCUUAUCGGCGAGGGGAUUGCGAAGUUCUAUGAGCGGAUGGUUCCGCCGUCUAUGCUGGAGUGGGCGGCGCAGGAGAAGGGGAUGCGCGAGGUUGAUGCGGUGAGUGUGCUUGUUGAUGCGGUUGCGCAUGCCCGGCAGCUUGGGGUUGAUGAUUUGGAGUAUGAUACGUGUUUCUUUUAA